AUGUACGGAGCAGGCGCGCGCCAUGGGCGCCUUUGGUACCCGUCCUCACUGGUGCAGCGCGAACAAGGUGAAGGCUUCAGCGGCACUUUCCAUGGCACUGAAUCGCCGGGACAGGAGGUUGACAGACGUCUGGCCUCAGCGGCUCCACACAGCGCGUUUCAAGCGCUCCGACACAUGGCAGCCAACGGGAGCAUGGGGAUGAGGGGAUUCGCGACUGCCUGCAAACAUGAUGUGAGAAGGAGCAAACCUGCGGGCCCAUCCGCCAUGACGAUUCUCUUCAUUCCUUGCGCCCCGGCAGAACCUGCGCGAUGCCGCGAAGAAUCGCCCGAACAAGAAACAAGCACUGCACAGCAACGUCCGCAAGCCUUCAGCUGGAAACUCGAAGAGAAGGUAGAAAGCAGGCUUCACGGACGAAUCACGUUAGCCUUCGCAAGCUGUUCCUCAAGAGGUCUGUCCAACCUGCACAGCCUCCCUUGUGUGGUGGUUGUGGUUGGCUUGCCCGUCGCACAAAGAAGCCGGCCGUCGGGGGGUUCGAGUGGCCGACCUGAGCGAUUACGCACGCCUGCAGCUGCAUCUCGUGCCUAA